AUUUGGAAGCGACCUUGGCGGGGCCCCGGAACCUGGAUCACAAAAAGGACGAGCAGGUUGGGGAAGCUAGAUAGAGCUUCGUCAUACAGGUUGCAGGGCAGGUGGCUGCGGGCGAGGCCUGGUGCAUGGCGGUCAGGCGGCGGACUCGGCCCUCCACAGGUCGGUGCCGGCAGGGAGGCGGGGAUGAGAUGGGGAGAUGCUCAUGUGGGGGGUGGAUUUCCAUCUGUUCCGCCGAUACGCUGCACCCUGGGAGAGAAAGAGGGGGCGCCCCCGGGUCCCCUCCACCAGCAGAGCCCCCAUUGCCCCCUCCUACGUCCCAGAGCCCUCCUUUUUUGCACGACUUACCCCUCAGAUUCCUGCCCCGCUUUCUUUUUUUUCCUUCCCGGACGCCUUGCAACAGCUGCUUGGCAGGCAGAAAUUCGAGUGGAGAUCUCCCCGACUGUGUGGGGAAGCUGUACCUGUUGGGUUUCUGCCUGCCUAAAUCAGAGGAGAUCUUUCUCCAUGGAGGGGACUAUAGAUGACGUUGGGGACCCCUUUCCAACUCUGCCAUUCCGUGGGGAAAGGUGGCUGGCUCCCUUUUCUGCGAGGGCUCUUGCGGGCAAGCAGAGAUGAAGUGACCUGAUCAUUUCCCAUCAAGCAUGCUGCGUACUGGUAAAAUGUAUGGCCAGGGGAAAAAAAGAGAAAAGUGACCACAGAUGGUUUUCUGUGGAAUAUCUCCCAGCUCCUUUCCCGAUUGGUAAAAUCUCUCCCAGUUCAGCAUCCCUCACUUACGUGGAGCCCCAGUUAUAUCUCCUCAAUCCAAAUGCUAACACUUCAUCCGUGACUUAGGUUUGGUUGCUGAACCUUCAUCUAUAACCCUUGGUUUGUUAAUGUGCAAUACCAUUUGUACCACAAGACCCCUGCUAGUAAAAAUUUAGAGAAUACAUUGGUCAACAGAAUUCACCAAAAUCGGUUCUGUCAUUUCCCUCUUUCCUAAAGCUUUUCACAAAAAAGUAAAGCUUCCUUACAAGUUCUGUUGAUCUUAUUCUAUGUUUAAGCAAAGAAUAUGGAAUGAUGCCCUUCAGGAGGCUACUUAGCAAAUGCCAGUUAUUUUCCUGGCAACAGGAAAGGGGAGAGGAACACAAAUGUAUAAAAAGCACACAAAAAGGUUUCUGUAGCUCCAUGGCAGAUCAUGCAGAAUGUUCCAGGUUCAAUCAAUAUAUGGCAUCACUCUAUAGGCCUGGGGAAGACCUCAGCCCCUGAAACCCAUGGAGAGCCACUGCCAGUCAAUUUAGAAAAUCCAGAGCAAGAUGGUCAGACUCUUUAAGGCAGCUUUUUGUGUCCCAAAUUAUGGAACAGUAACAGAAAGGAGACUACCUUCAAUGCUAGCCCAAGUUUCUUCCAGUUGUAUGAUGAAGGUUUCACCACAGGAGGUGUGGGGGUAGUUGAAAUGGCUUAAUUGACCAGAUUCAGUUUGCAGACUGCCAGUUCAUCACUCCAGACUGAAGCUGGUGCUAUGCAGUUAUUGUCUUUCAUGGGUCUAAGGGUGUAGUUGUGCCAGUUUAUGGACCAAGAGAUUUUGACAAGUCAGCAAAGCUGCAGUCUCAUGUUUACAACAUUGGCCAGCCAGAUAUCUUUGGGGAAAACCACAAGUAGGACAUGAAGCUAACAGUACUCCUGUUAUUUGACCCAUAUCAGAGGUAGGCUGUCUCCGAACAUGGAGAUUUGUCAUGACGAAGAGCCUUUGGUAGACUUACAUUCUAAUCCUGUCCAAAGAAUUCUACUUGGAUUACUUUUCAUAUAAAUGUGAAGAAGAAAUUUAUAUAUAACUUGCUGUUUAUGUUUUAGUUCUAAUAUGGAGAACCAUCUUAUAUGUGGAAUACAUGUCUAAGGAGCCACCACCAGAGCACAAUGGAGAGCUUUGGCUUACAGGAAACGACCCUUUCUGAUGGAACAACAGCCUAUGUUCAGCAAGAUGCUAAUGGUGAGUAACUUUGGUGCUGUAGUGGCUGCCUUUUUUGUGGCUUGUGAGAUUGGGACUGAUCCAACCAUAUGAUUAAUGUUCAAAGCACUAUACAUGUAGGAAGAUCUUUGGACAUAUACACUAGGUUAAAAUAUUUUGUUGGACAAAAUUAUAGUGGACAAAUUGUUCAUGUUUUUCAAUUUAAAUAAAUUAAAGAUAAAAACAGAGUAGAGUUUAAUGUGGUUUUAAUGGUGAGCUUUUAGAAAGAAGAAUGUGAUCUGUGAGUCCUGAUUGACCACAGUAUGUGUUUGAAUAACCAAUAUAGUACAGAUGCAACAAACAAAGCAAUGUGACACCUAACUGCCACACUGAAUUGGAUGGAUAUAUGCUACAGAAGCAAGAGUGGAGUAAAAAUGUUCAAUUUUAAGGAUGUCUCAGUUGGAAUGUGGUUUCUGACUAAGUGAUUAUAAAGUGUUUCCCAAGGAAUCUCUAUUUAACCAAAUGAGGCAAAGGAGAACUCUCAUUUCCUUGUUUUAAACCAUUACAAUAUCUUUUUUAAAUGAUGUGCAUAAUUGAUUGCAAAAGGCUAUUGGCAGAAGAGUUCUGAUUUUUAUUUUUAUUUUUUUAAAGUAAUGUUUGGGUUUCUCUAUACUUACUGACACGCCAAUUCUUGUGCCCAAAUAUCUUAUAAUGUAGGUAUAUAUUGGCUAUGGUUGCAGUUUUAUAUAUACAUACCUGGGCAUAAGUCUCAUAUAACUCAUUAAGACUUAUUUCUGAGACCAUAUACUUAGAUUGCACUGUGAGGCUGCAGUUAAUUCAUGUUGCUUUUGAAAUUACCUUGCUUCUGAAUAAACAUGCAAAGACUGAGCUUCCGAAAAGCACUUUGCUUUGUAAUUAUUUUCCUUGAUAAGAGAUUGUCAGGUGAGCCUGGGUGAACAUGUUGAAUCUUGUUAACCUGGAGGGCUUUUUCAAUGCUGUAACAAAUUCUCUUGUCAUCUGUUUCAGGAGAGAAGUUAAUUGAAGGGCAAGUGAUUGAACUUGAAGAUGGAUCCACAGCUUUUGUCCAACAAGUAACAUUGCAGAAAGGUUAGGAGUAAUAGAUGUAUACCUAUUUCAGAAAUUUGGGGAGCUUUCACUGUUUUUUUCUGUUUGCAAUUUUCUCUGUGAGUGAACCUCUUGUGGAAUUUUCACCAAGCAGUAGUGCACUUCUCACAGUUAGAGAUGCAUAUUUCAGGUAGAAACUGUAAAUCAGCAGGAGGCACACUCUCAUGUAGAGAAGAUAAAAUGUGCUGGGUUUCAACAGGGCUGCUAAUGAGUAAAUUUGCCUAAGGGCAUCUGUUUUGGACCUACUUGAUACUAAUCUUCCGCAAGAAUAAUAUUAUGUGUGUAAGCUGCUGUAGCAUUGCAGUGCAAUCCUGUUCAUGAUUACUUAGAACUGAGAUUCAUUGAGUUCAGUGGGCUAACUCCCAUUUUGGUGUGCCUAGAGUUGCAAUCCUAUUCAUACUGUCAUGUGUGUACAUACCAUUGUUUCCAUGAGAAAACAUGCAUUGAAUUGAGCUGUUAGCUUGAUCAAAUAUACAUCACAACUUAAAUACUCCGAAUUUCUUAUCUGAGACUCAUGUUACACAUCAUGAGGUAGACAGGUUGUAGAUUUCAGCUUGUAGAAAUCUGGACUGUACUAAUUCUGGUUGGAAGCUGUGUGUCGUUUUCCUUUAAUGCCCAGAAGGCAGGAGGCUUCUGAAUGCCAGUUGCUGGAAAGUGAAGGAGCGAGUGGUCUUGUGCUCACAUCCUGCUUGUAGGCUUCCCAUAGACACCUGGUUGGCCACUGUGAUAACAUAAUGCUGGACUAGAUGAGCCACUGACCUGAUCCGACAAUAUAUUCUUACACCUCCAUGUAAAAACAGAUACCUUGCAUGUAGUCAUGUUAUAAAGAAGGGAGAAAGGUUCCUCUCCCUGGUGUCAUCAUUCAUCACAUGGAAGAAGCUUUGCAGUGGGAGGAGCACUGAAUACUAGCUGUGAUAUAGGCUGCAUUGCUGCCUUUUUAUGCAAUUAGAUUUUUUUCCCCACUCGUGUCAUUGAACUGACAUGGACUGGCUUCUCUUCAAGGAUUAUAGAGCAAGGGCCCUGUAGGCCUUUGAGCAAACCAUGGCUAGAAUUCUUGAGUUGUUCUUGUCAAGUCAGCUUUGUUUACUUUCUGUUGCAUAACAACCUUACAAUGCAUGGGGUUUAUUUUUGUGUAUGUUCUGAUUUGUUCUGUAGAGUCCAUCACAUUUGAAGAUGGUCAGCCAGUAGCGUUGGAAGACGGCACUAUGGCUUUUAUACAUCAUGCUCCGCAAGGUAACGAUCAGUCUUUGAACCUUCCUUUCCACAUACUAGGUAACAUAAUUCAUACACAGUGGGUAGUAUUCAAGGAUAACAAGUCGCUUGAUUAAAGUUAAUAAAUAUUACUAACUUCAGUUAAUUCAUUUCAGUGCAUCAACUCUGAGUAUAACUUAGUUGAAUGCAACCCAGUACUCUAAUACAGUGGUGCCUCGCAAGACGAAAAGAAUCCGUUCUGGGAGUCUCUUCGUCUAGCGGUUUUUUCGUCUUGCGAAGCAAGCCCAUUGACGGGAUUAGCGGAUUAGCGCUAUUAGCGGCUUUUAGCGGCUUUUAGCAGCUUAUCAGCUUAUCAGAUAAGCAGAUAAGCGGCUUAGCGACUUAGAAAAGAGGGGAAAAGGAAAAAAAAAACCAGGAACUCGCAAGACAUUUUCGUCUUGCGAAGCAAGCCCAUUGCAGAUUCGUUUUGCGAGGCACCUCCAAAACGGAAAACUCUUUCGUCUAGCGAGUUUUCCGUCUUGCGAGGCAUUCGUCUUGCGGGGCACCACUGUAAAUGUGAUCACAGCUGUGUGUGUAGCUAUUGGGCUGGACUCAACUAAAUUGUUGCACUAGCAGGAGCCAGUGCAACAAGUCCCACUAGCACAAUGGGACUUCAUCCUCCCCAUAUGCCUCCCAGUUGGCUCUGGGGGUUUGGGAAAACUUCAGAACAGUGCAUGGGGGGAGGAGACGGGAGCUCAUGCUGGGAAGCAGAAAUGCUUGUGCUGACAGAACGAUCAUAAUACCGUGACACUGAAUUCCUCCCAUAGUAUUUUUAAACUUAAACCUCCGUGACUUAGAAUAUUUAUUGUUACCUCACCCUGAGUCAAGUCAUAAAACAAUUCAGGUUAGUGAUGAAGAGAGAGAGCUCUGAAGGAAACUCUCAGGGGGGGGGAAUCAGAUGUGCAGAGAGAUGGUGUGGCUCUUUGCAUCACUGCCAAACCUUGAGUUGGAGAACAGAAAGAGUCGGCUUAAGAGCUCUCUUCUCCCCUCUCUCAGGAUCAAUCCUGAUUUGGAGAGAUAAUUGAAGGACUACCCUUGACUGGUUUGGAUAUCAUGGUAAAUGGUGGUUUAAGGAAACUAGGUAACUUUCUGUUAAGAGUUGGAAGGGCAAGUGCUUGAGCAUAUCACUCACUCUUGAUGCUUCACAGUAUGGUUUGGUAACAGGGAAUGUGGUCUGUUUCAGUAUCUUAUCAAAUCCUUUCCCUGUAGCCAUACAAAAUCGUCCUAUCCAGAUUGACAAAUAACUACCAAGCAAGUAGAUUGUUCCUUAUUGCUCUGCAAACAAUUCAAGGAUGUGUGGAAAUCAUUCUGUGGUGAUUGUAUAAUGAUUCCACACAGCUUUUGAUUGUGGAAUGUGUUUCAUGUUGCAAUUUUCAGCCAUAAAUAGAGUUGGAUUCUAUUGGUGUUUGCAAUGAUUGAAUUUUGAACUGCCGUGAAGAUUUUGCCAUUGAUGCUUUUAACUCUUCAUCUUUUUGCCAGCUCUAAAUGAUCAAGAGGUAGAUAAGUAGCAAUUAGAGCUGACAUGUGCUACUACAGUGUUUGUGGUCCCCUCCAGAGGGUUAUGACCCCAACACCUUAGAAGCAAUCCAGCUGGAAGAUGGAUCCACAGCUUUCAUUCAUCGUCCUGUCUCCCUGUCAGUGGGCAGCACCACACUGACAGUGCAAGCAGAUGUGGCACUGGAGGAAUUGGCUGUAGGAGAGAAAGAUGAUUCCUUUGAACUUGAUUCCAUUACUGCCCUCAAAGACUAUGCCAGUAAGGUGAGGAUAUUAUUCUGCUUCUGUGGAAGAUUCAAAUCAUCCUGCUUUGUGAUUCUGCAAACAGAAUGAAAUACCAAGUUUCUAGAAUGAUAUAAAAGUAUUAAAUGUGUUUAUUUGAAGCAUUUAUAUUUUGCCUCUCCAUCAGUAUUGGCCCCCAAUAUCUGGCACUCGUGGCAUCAAUUCUUCUUGUCUGGUGACAUGACUCCACUUUUAGAGUAUGUGUGUUUAUAGCAGAUGGGAUGGUGACUUGCAGGACUUGUUCAAGUUUAACUACUUCUUUAUGUUGCUUCGCAGGGCUUCCACGAGGAGGAAGUGGAGAGCAAUGGGAAGGAACCAAAGGUUCCUGAUAGAGUUUACCGCUGUGGUUACAGUGGUUGUAGCCGCCUCUUUACCACAUCUCAUCAUUUGAAGGUAAGUCAUCGUCGUAAGCUCACAAUGUUGCCUUCUAGAGGACUAAAAGCUCUGCUGUACCUAUAAUGGGAAACCAUUGAUGCUGUGGAAGAGACAGUAAUUCACCAGUGCAAGCUUAAAAAAAAAUUUCUUUUGGAAUAGUUUUGAAGAGGCUGGAUCUGAUGCAGUGAUGCCAGAGAGAGCCUGGGUACAAACCUCUUCUCAGCCUCUAUAUUUUAAAUUUUAAUCCGUUUUAGUAUUUUUACUUUUUGUACGUUUUAAGGUAAUGCUGUAUUUCCCCUGUUUUUCUUGUUUCACCUUUUCGUAAACAGCUUAGGUUUUUUCAGUCAAGUGGUGUAUACAUUUUAUGAAAUAAUUAAAGAUAAAUAUUCCAAAUUGGAAUCGCCCCAUUCAGUUCACCUGAGCUUUCGCUGUCUUCACAGGUGCAUGAGCGGGUUCAUACAGGUGAUCGUCCAUACAGAUGUGACUUCUCAAGCUGUGGGAAAACCUUUACUACAGGUAAUGUGUAUCAAGAACAAAAGAUGAUCUUGUUCAAGUGGAGUUAUGCAGGUCUGAGAAGGAAGAUCCAAAUGUAGCAAGCUGAGGACUAUUGAGCCUAAAUGGAUAACGAAAUUGAACUAAGUACAAGGUAUAGUUCCUGGUGACUCAAGCUACUUAGCUUACCCGAAACUUCUAAAAUCAGUGUGCUGCAUUUUGGGUAGUCUCUUGGAGUUGCUGUGCUGCUUGCGCCAUCUUGCCACGCUGCUAACCUUGCAUAACCUUUUCCCUUGCAGGUUAUAGCCUGAAGAGUCAUGUGAGAACCCACACGGGUGAGAAGCCAUACAAGUGUCCAGAAGAUUUAUGCACCAAAGCCUUCAAGACUUCUGGAGACCUGCAAAAACAUAUCCGGACGCAUACUGGUAUGUCCCAAAGUGUUUAUUAUUUUAUUUUGGGGCUAUUCCAGAGCAGAAAUCUAAACCGGGGGAGGGAGGUGAGACAAACCCAAAUACUCUAGAAAGAGGCAAAAGGGCUACUAAUAUUUUUUUUGUCCAGAUUCUGUACCAAAUAAUUCCAUAAUUUUAAUCUAGAAUAAAUUGUGUAGACUUAUAUAAGUGUAUUUCUGUGUAUAAUUUUUAGUAUGGGAUUUGCAGGCACCAUUUUAUCAGCUCAUUUCCCAUGCUCAGCACUUUCCAAGUAUAACAGUUAGCUGAUUGGCAUACACUUUUCUUUUCUUUUUUUGCCCACAUGGUUUGAUUUCAAACUGUGUGGGCGAAAAUAGGUCACCGAAUGUCAUGUGACCUGAAGUGACUGAUACCCACCUGCCAAACCUGUCCCUCGGGUGUAUGUGGAUCCAGCUUCCCACCCCUGAUCUAGAAUGAGGCACUAUUCAGUUUGUAGCUGCCUAAGGGAAAAUGAUGGAGGGCCUUUCAAGCUGUCAUGCUCAUACUAGCUUCACAUACGGCAGUUGGCUCUUUGACACUAUAAUGAAGAUGGAAGACCUCUGCCCAGCCUGGCAAGGUAGCAUUUUCACAAUUACAGGCAAGAGGGGCAAGAGUGUCUUAAAAUGUCAGUGCUAUCACAGGCUUGCUAAGGAUGCCUUCUCUCUCUUCACCUGAAGGUGAGAGGCCUUUCAGGUGCCCUUUUGAGGGCUGUGGCCGCUCAUUCACCACCUCAAAUAUACGGAAGGUCCACAUCCGGACACACACUGGUGAGCGACCAUAUAUGUGCCCAGAGCACAACUGUGGGAGAGGGUUCACUAGUGCCACCAACUUCAAAAACCACAUGAGAAUCCAUACAGGUAAUAUGUGUGUGUGUGUGUGUGUGUGUGUGUGUGUGUGUGUAUCUUAAUUUUCAUAUUUCAUUAACGGGAAACACCAUACAGGCAAUCCUCAGCAUGGUAUACUUUCACAAUCUGUGGAGGUGGUGUCACUUGGUUGAACUUUAUUAUGUGUAACACACCAUCCCAGUGACACAUUACUGCAUUGGGGGGAUCAACAUGGAAACUAUAGUGUGCUUGCUUGCUUGAACCAGUUGUCAUCUGUAAGAUGGCCAGUUAAAAGAAAAUGUGUAUUGAACUACUAAAAACAAGUAGAGUGAGAUUUGAAGCGCCCUUCCCAAUUGCUUAAAGUACUCUUGCAGUGUAAUCCUAUACCUUUUUGAAAGUAAACCCCACUACAGUGGUAUCUCGGGUUACAUACGCUUCAGGUUACAUACGCUUCAGGUUACAGACUCCGCUAACCCAGAAAUAGUGCUUCAGGUUAAGAACUUUGCUUCAGGAUAAGAACAGAAAUCGUGGUCCGGUGGCGCGGCAGCAGCAGGAGGCCCCAUUAGCUAAAGUGGUGCUUCAGGUUAAGAACAGUUUCAGGUUAAGAACAGACCUCAGGAACGAAUUAAGUACUUAACCCGAGGUACCACUGUAUAUUCAAUGGGGCUUAUUACCUAGCACAUGUGUUUUGGGAUUGCAGCCUUUGCUUUAUGCCACAAAGUGAGAGAUACCCAUUCCUCUAUAUUUCCUCCUUCUUAUUUCCCAGGGGAGAAGCCAUAUGCAUGCCUGGUGCCAGGCUGUGGGAAGCGCUUCACUGAAUAUUCUAGCCUUUACAAACACCACGUGGUUCACACACACUGCAAGCCAUACACCUGCAACACCUGCAGCAAAACUUACCGCCAGACCUCUACGUUGGCUAUGCACAAGCGCACUGCGCAUGGAGAGCUGGAAGCUACAGAAGAGAGUGAACAGGCCCUCUAUGAGCAGCAGAUGAGAAGUGAGUAGGCACUAGAGUUUUGUGGGAAGCUUCAUACCUUGAGCCUAUAUAUUCUUGUCGUUUCCUGGCUCAUUGCCAUGCUUCCUUGUGCUUCCUAGUCCUUAAAUCAGGCUUCCUCAACCUUGGCCCUCCACAUGUUUUGAGACUACAAUUCCCAUCAUCCCUGACCACUGGUCCUGCUAGCUAGGGAUCAUGGGAGUUGUAGGCCAAAAAACAUCUGGAGGGCCGAGGUUGAGGAAGCCUGCCUUAAAUGCUCCCUUCUGCUGUUCCUGCCUUACCUUCAGAUAACUUUUUCAAGGCUGUUUCAAUGCACUCUGCUGCUCAAGUAGAGCACUCUGCUGAAUCUCCUUUCCUUGUUCUCCCAGUUGCCACGUUUGAUAUGCCUUCACUGAAACACCAGUGUAUUGUUUCUGUGAAGGUGGAACAUGAGGAGGAGCAGGAGGAUUGCAGGGCUGUGCCAGUGACUCUCGUAUCUCAGGAUGGAGCAGAGCAGGUAUGGAGUCUGCAGAACUUGAAACUAAAUCCACAGAGGUAACAACUCUCUGGUUUUGUUACCUAGGACAGGUCAGAUAAUCUUUACCCUGAAAAUGCCCUAAUCCUAAACAUUGGCUAUAGUACAUCUGCAUGCAACAUCUACUUAAAUCAUGUUAGCCCCAUCCUUGGUACUUAGUCGGACAAGGGUUCUAAUCACACCAGUUUGGUGAACAUUGCAGAGCAGGGUUUUAUUUAUCUGUUUGUUUCAUAAAAUACAUAUACCAUACACUUGAUUGUAAAAUAAACCCCUCAAAAUGGUGAAUAUCACAGAGCCUGGGAUAGCCCCACAUUGGACAAAAGAUUCCUGCAUUGCAAGGGGUUGACUAGAUACCCCUCAUGGUCCCUUUCAGCAUUACAAUUCUAUUACUCUAUUACCAUAUCUUCCUAUUAGUGGUGAUGUAACCCAAUUUUUCACCAUUUGCGUAUGCAAGGAACGUUAUGAUUUCAGGUGAAGAACAUGCCCGUGUGAAUGAGCUUUUUCUCACUUUACUACUUCUAUUUCCCAUGCUCCCAGCCCAUGAAUCGGCUUGAAUCUUUUCUUCUUAAUCUGUAGCCUUCAAUUUGGCCUGACUCCUUUUUCACCUGCUCUUUGCAGGUCUGUCUGUCUCCUGAAGACUUGCAAGUACUUGGCUGUGAUAUUACCAUGCUAACACAGAAUGGCACAGCAGUAUCAGUACCCCAGGAAGAUAUUUCAGCAAGUGGUACAAAUGUGCUGACUAUGAUUGGCGCCGAUGGGACUGAAAUACAUCCGGUACUCAUUUCUUCUAAAUCCUUUGACAUAGUACGGGAAAGUGUGUGUGUUUUUUAAAAUGUAAUGGUUGUGCUGAUGUGAUACUUUUCAGGUUACAAUAGUCACUUCUGGGACAAAGGCAUCUGAGGAUUUGCCCACAGCAUCCAUCCACCACCAGCAGCUGACAGUGCUAGCAACAGCAAAGGACACUUAUAUUGCAGUUCAGGUACUUGGUAUACACAUCUUGCUUAGAGUUUGCAGGCACAGGUGUUUUUGUCAUGUUGGAAGAGAGCCUCUUGUCCCCCUCCCCAAGGAUGCAUAUAGGUGAUGAGUCUGACCUCAUACUGUCUUACCACUAUGCAGCAGAAGCCACAUUUUUAGGGCAUUGAUUGACACAGAGACCAUCCAAUCAUGAAACUAACUACUACUCCUUGGCAGCCCUUGUUUCAGUCACACAGAGCAGGUUUUUAAGUGUAAAAAUAACUGAGCACCAAACAAAUAUUUGAGCAGAGAACAAUGCAGGCUCUUGAAAAGCUAAUCAAACGGGACAGCCAGUCUGAAGCAUCAGGUGAAGGAGCAACUAUUAAAAUUCAGUUUGAAACCAGGUACUUGUGUUCUUUGAGGAGUGAAGUGGGAGAGCAGACCCUUUUUUUUUUUUAACUUGGUAACUUCCAUCUGGGUUUUAAGACUUCUUUGUUCCCCAUCAAUUACGAUAAGGAGAGAUUGCCUUUGUUGUGAGUUUUUGUAGAAUGUUUAGGGAUUUCAAAGACCACAAAAAGUACUGUAUUUUUUUCAUCUUGUGAUUUUAGGAUUUACAAAGAACACAUUAAUUGUCAUACAGAGCAAUAUUACUGUAUUGGUCUGAAUAUAAGUUACACUUUCCCCCCAAAUCUGGCUUGUAUAAAACCUGAGUGCAGCCUAUAAUCACACUCUUACAGGUAAGGAAGCUAUGAUUUCAGAGAUCUCAUUCUGGGGUUGUGAUCUCUUUCAGGGACAGCUUAUAUUCAGAACAGUACCAUAAGUAGCUGUCCCUUGUAAGAAGUCAGUCCAUUGAGUUAAAUGGGGUUUCCUCCCAGGUAACGCUGUAUAGCAGCGGUAGGGACCCUCUGGCCCUGCACCAGGCUUGGUCCACCAGGGGGUCCAAUUUAGCCUGUGAUUUCCUCCCAAAUAAUGCCUAUCAUCUUAUGUCAUUGGUAACAUCAUCUGAUGGAUGGAAGGACAGGCUUUAAUUCUUCACUGGCUGAACACCGAAUUUCCAGCAAGGAACAGGAUUGUGCAGCGGGAUUGCUUAUCAUUUGAAAGGCAUUAAAGUCCUUUGCCUUCUACUUUAAGUGAGCUGGGGAGGGGGCAUCUUAAAGCUGGAAAGGGCUCUUUGAAGCAGCAUCCCCACCUCCGUUAAACAGUUUAAAAAACAUAGGGAGGCUGCUUCAAAGAGUGCUUUGACAAAGCUCUUUAAGAGGCUCAGUGCACAGGGGCUGUCUUAAAACUGCAAAGUACUAUUCAAAGCAGCUCCCCAAAAGCACAUUUUAAACAUGACUUUUAAUAGAAAAGGAAGUGGGGGCUUCUUCGAAGACAGGUUUUGCAAAGGCUUUAAGAUAGCCCCUUGUGGUCUUGUUUGAGCCUCUAGGGGCAUUAGGGGUUUGAAGGGGGAGCGUGGGGAGACUUGCAAAGUUACAAAAGGGAUUUUGAUAGGUGGAGGCCUCCAUCCUCUCCCAGUUGUGAUGCCAUAAUGACGAGUGGGUAAAAUUUGGCCAAUGAGGGGGAUCCUGAUUAGGCUGUGACCUGCAGAGCCAAAAAAGAUUCCUCACCCCGAUGUAUGGGAUAGAUGAAGUCAAAGACUAUAUUGUAUGUUCACAGCUGCCUGAUUUCCUUUUGUGCCCCUUUUACAUUGCUACCUAUUUUCUUUUCCCACCAUGCAAUCACUUCAUUUCCACAUAACUUCCUACGCUGUUUCUUCACUUCCCCGUUGAGCUACUUCUGCUUCUGCAUAUCUACUUCCAAAUAAUAUGCAGUGGUACCUUGAGUUACAAACGCCUCACAUUACAAACGCUUCAGGUUACAAACUCCGCUAACCUGGAAGAGUUACCUCGAGUUGAGAACUUUGCCCCCCAGGAUGAGAAUGGAAAUUGUGUGCUGGCAGCGCAGCAGCAGCAAGAGGCCCUAUUAGCAAAAGCACGCUUCUAGUUAAGAACAGCUUCAGGUUAAGAACAGAUCUCCGGAACGAAUUAAGUUCGUAACUAGAGGUACCACUGUAUGUAUAUAGUGUCUUAAAAUAAUUUCUAUGUGAAAGAAAGCCAGCAGUGGUUAACUUUGCAUCCAAUGUUUACUUCGAAAAGUUACGUGUCUUUAAUAUUAUCUUUCUCUCUGCCAAAUUGCACUUCGAUGCUUGCUUUGUCUUGGGAGCCAGUUCGUAGACCAGAGAUUAGCAAGUGGACAGUCCAUAACCAAAUCCAUAUCCUUGGAUAAUGCUGGUUGGCUCUUCAGUUGCCAGAGACAGAGGGUGUCCAAAAGUGGAGUUAAUGAUGUCUGUGACAAUAUGGGGCAGCAUCCAGUGAACUUGUUCCACCGGUGGACCAUAACCAACCAGUGUUCAGUCUGCAUGCAGGGCUGUUUGUGAAUACGUCCUUAGUGCUAAUCUCAUAUUAUUAUUAUUAUCACUUUUCAUCCAUGUCCUUGACCAUCACUUGUGUGUCUCCUAACCGAAUACAUAUUUUUCUGCCAUUUGUGUUCCUUUAUUUCACUUGGAAACACCAGGCAACUCCAUGCUGUCAUUAGGCAGCUUCAGGCAAUUGAUUUUGGGUGUCAUGAAAUUGAUUAUUGAUUAUUCUGAUUUUUUAUUAUAUAUUUUUACUGCCAGGGAGAGAAAGAAGUGCUUGUGAUAGUUUCUGCCUCAGGCCUCAAAAUUAUUUGACCUUAGGUAUUAGUCACCAUGACUUGGAGCAGUGGGUGGUGGAGAUGGGACCACAACUCUAUUUAGCUGCCAAGCAAACUUGAGAGUGAUGCCAUCUUUUUCUCUUUCCAGGUAAAAGAGCAGCAGAGCUCCGAUGAUGUCAUUAGUGUGUCAACCUCAGCAAUUCAACAGGAGUCUGCAACUCUUAAGGUAUCCACAUCAAACAGUGGGUGCUGAGACCUCACAUGGAGCUGGAGCAACUGAAGCUGGAUGGACUGCUGGAGUCUUCAGAACCUCCAACUCAAAAGCCAAGUGAUGGGUGCUUAUCCUUCUGGACCUUCUGAAGAGAGCCCUUACUAUUUGCUGCCAUCUGCCCGGCAUGAAUGAGCUGAUAACUGAGAAGCACAGAUGGUGAAGUUACAUGAAUUAUUGAAUGAGACUUGGUUUAGAAAUAUUCCUCCUAUAAGUGCUACAACAUGUUUUAUGGCCUCUUUAAGAAAGCCUUCCCUUAACUUUCUGAGGUGGCAUCCGCACUAUCAUUCUGGACCUUUCUAAUUUCUGCUGAAUGUUAUCGGAGGAAACACUUGUAUUUAAUUUCUUGGAGGGCUAGAACAGCCUUCAUAAGAUUAUGGGACUUGCAUGGCUGGGGAGAUUUAUCUCUUUGAAGUUUUUAGCAUUAAAUGUGUUUUUAGCCAUAGAAAGUUCAGGAAAAGGAAUUACGGGUAGAUGGGUGCUCUCUACUUUUCCUUACCUCAGAUACAUGGGAGUAGAAAGUGUUGGCACAGGAGCAGUCACACACUCUCUGAGAAGAACUGAAAUGCACAGUACCGGAGAAGGACAAAUAUUAAUGUGAUGGCUGUGCUAUAUGUAUUUCCCCCCAAUUAUCGUGGUUUCUUCCCAGCCCCAGCAAGUGGAAUAGACUGAAGCAGACGAGCAAAGGAGAAGAAACAGCUUUGUAUCACAUUUUAUUUGCCUCUUUCACUCUCUGAAAUAACAGAAGGCUCUAAAUGUGUAUUUAAUAAAAAUUUGGACUUGAUGUUUUCGAUUUUCUCAGCA